AUGGCCCCCACAUUCCCUAGGAGUAGAUCACUCCUCACCACUCCAAGGAGGCUCCCUGCCCAAGAGCCUCACAGAGCCUCUUCUUUCGAGCCAAGGGAAGGAGAAGACAACACGCAGAGAAGGAGGAAGAGUUCCAAGGCCAGACGCUCCAGCUCGACCACCGGACUCGAUCGAGUCCAAACAGAGGAAACUCAACUCGAUCGAGCUGAGGUCGAGUUGACCUGGAGGAGCCCCUGUUUGAGAACCCUGGAUUCGAGUACGAUCCCACCUACCAGGAGACCCUCAGAGUAG